ACUCAUGCUUUCCUUUGCAGCAUAAAUAGUGGUAAGCGGAGACGGUUCACCUGGUGUCACUUUACAGCGUCUUGUUGAGUACGAUCUAGGGGUCAAAACUGCCUAACGAAAGGACUUUAGGACCAGAGUUGAACAACUAAACUAUCAAGAGAACUACAUUACAUUCCAAAGGCCUGCUCUACGCACUUUAACCGAGUCCCCGGCGUUUGAGAGGGCAGCAACACCAGCAGACGGAAGGAACAGUUUCGGGCCGGAGUAAUUGUUGUCAAAGCUUUGAAAAGGCCAAAGGUUUCCUGAACCUCUUGUGGGACGUUUUAUCGUGCGGAGUUAGCAGCGGCAGCGCUCGGUUGUUGCUGUGAAGUGUAGGAGGAAAGUUUAUAUUCUUUGUCCAGCAAGUUGGUCUCUGACCACCCCGACUUUUUAAUGUCUGGAGGGUUAGUUCUGUUCCCUGCCGCCGAGUUAGGAUUGGAACGUCUUCAGCGCUGUGGUGAGACUUUGCGGCGGUGUACCCGAGAAGUUCCCAACACCCUCAACAUGGCGGCCAGCAACCUCGCUCGCACGGGCUCCAACCCAAACCUGCUCAACUCCGUCCGGACUAUCGACCCCGAGGAGCUGGCGGAGAGACUAGCCGGCAUGCAGAAGCAGCCGAUAAUGCUAGACUGCAGGUCCUUCAUAGACUAUAAUUUGAACCACAUAAACGGAGCUCUGAAUGUGAGUUGUGCGGACAGGUUUAGCAAGAAGAGACUCCAGCAGGGCAAGGCUUCUCUAGCCGACCUGGUGCCCAACAAGGAAGGCAGGGACAUACUCAUGAACAGACUCUCUAGAGAAAUUAUUGUUUACGACGAAAGCACCAGCGAACCAGAGCAGAUACAGCCGUCACAGCCUCUACACGUCGUGUUGGACUCACUCUUCAAAGAAGGGAGGCAGGCCGCCAUACUGAAAGGUGGGCUUAAGGAGUUCAAAGAGCAGCACGAGAGCCUCUGCGCCAACAGUCUCAGGAAAGUUAGCAGUACAUUCGGCGGCGUGCCAGUGGAGGAAUGCGACACUCCGGACAUUGAUUCCGAGCCGCCCUCGCUCGUGCUUCCCUUCAUGUACCUGGGAAACGAGCGGGAUGCGGCCGAUAUCAGGACGCUUCUGAGACUGAACAUAGGCUACAUCUUGAAUGUGACGUCACACAUUCCUUUGCACCACGAAGGAUUCUGUGGAAUUAAGUACAAGAGGCUACCGGCAACUGACAGCCAGCACCAAAACUUGUUACAGUACUUUGAGGAAGCUUUUGAAUUCAUUGAUGAGGCGAGGUCAAGUGGAAGGAACCUCCUGAUCCACUGCCAGGCGGGCGUUUCUCGAUCGGCUACCAUCGCCAUCGGUUACAUCAUGAAACACACGCGCAUGACCAUGAUGGACGCCUACAAGUUCGUCAAGAACAAGAGGACGGUCAUCUCCCCGAACUUGAACUUCAUGGGACAGCUGGUGGAGUACGAGACGGCGCUGAACAUAGGACUCACGCCCAGGGUGCUGUACCCAAGGCUACGCGGCUUGGAAACAAGCGUCUGAGAUGACAAAUGUUUUUGUUACGAGACUCACCGCCAAGGUCUAGACCUUUCCUUGACUCUGUCCAUCCAUCUUGCACCCUGACAACCAGACAACAGGAGACCCCCCCCUUCCCUCAGGGUCGGACCAAGGGCCUCCGCAGAAGAAUGGACAUUUUUUUUGUGUUGUGAGUUUCAAGGUCGUUUCAUUGAGAAGUUGUCAGGCCCCUGCUGAAAUUACAGCGGGGUGAGGUCAGUUCAUUCUUUUCAUGCUGAGGGUCCUUCUGGAGUAAACAUCUGUGCCUCCUAGUAGGAGCAGGGCUUGAAAUACUUUAUCCUGCAUACUUGCACCAGUGCAGUUACAUACAGAAUCACCUGCAAGUUAUACUGGUAGUAUACUUAUACCCAGUACAUGGGCCAGUACAGCUAGAUACCAGAAAUAUCUGCACAGCACUAAGCUGCAUGUAUACAUAUAUGCAGGUGGUAUUUCCAGCCCUGAGGAGGAAAUGUUUAGUUGCAGGCAGUGCAGUGUUGACAUGAUGUCAUAGUCUGUGGUCGGUCUGUUCUCUUUGUGUUGUUUUGCAUAUCUGAAAACUUAUAGUUUCCCAUUGUUGUUAGAAGGUUCUUGUUACCUGGUACUUGGUACUCCUGGUACCUGGCUCGUCAACUGUAUAUUUUUGUACACUUAUAACUUGCUGUCAACUGUGCAAACCGUAUCAGAAUGUGUAUUUUGUAUUAUUCUCUCUUGUUACAACUCAAUUGUGUCAUGUCUGCCUCUGAAAUGGAGAAGUGAUACGUAUGGUCAGGUGUAGGACAUUCUUUUGGGAUGAGUAAGGCUUUCAAAGGAAACCAAAUCUUGGUCUUCUACCUACAUGCUCCUUCAGGGCUUGAAAUACACACCUGCAAUUUGCAGACAAAAAUAUUAUAAUUGCAGGUAAAAUGUGACCAACUUACAAUUUUUCAGGCUCAAAAAUCAAUGCUUUAUGUAACAGCAAACAAAAGCUAGUAGUUUAGCAAAGUAGUUUUGUAGAACAUCAUUUGAUGACAUAAAAGUCUUAGAUGCUACAAAUCUUUUUAUGAUGAUUACAUAGCCUUUAUGUGCAGCUUUAGUAUUUACAGAAAACUUUUUUUACAAGCUCUGGGUAGAACUUGUAUAUUGCUGGUAAAAGGACAAAAGUAUUUCGAGCCCUGACUUUGUUUUGUUGUGACGUACCUGUACUCUUAUCUCCAUUCUGCUGGACCAAACCUGCUCCUGUCCAGGUUGUUUGUUUCCCACCUUAGUUAAUAUUUAAUCCUCUUACAUGGCCUUGUUGCUGAGAAGUGAAUGUCAUGUGGAAAUUUGCCAAAGACCAAAUCUAAAGGGGCCAUUUGUAAAUAUCAUUGACCAGAGCGGGGAUUUUAAAUGCCUUCAGAAGAGUCUUUGUUCCCCUUUGACUGUCAGAUUUUGAAAAUAAAGGUUCUUUGUAAUUUCCAAU